CUCCGCUGUCAAAAAUCUCGCUCUUUUGCCGUGUUUUGUCGCUAGUGACCGCACGUGUGCCCGAAAAAAAACCUCAAUUAACCAUGGAUAAAUCCGUCGUUUUGGCCCGCGUCGUCAAGGUCCUCGGCCGUACCGGUUCUCAGGGCCAGUGUACCCAGGUGAAAGUGGAAUUCAUCAGUGAGCAGAACCGCCAGAUCAUCCGCAACGUCAAGGGGCCAGUGCGCGAAGGUGACAUUUUGACGCUGCUGGAAUCUGAACGCGAAGCGAGAAGAUUGCGAUAAGCGGGUCAGUCUCGGAAAGGGGCUUCCGUUUAGACUAAGGACGGGAGGAAGCUGGAUUCAUUUGUUCCAAGUUGAAAGGUUAAAUUUCAGUGGAGAUCUGUGUAAAAGGAUUUAAAUAAAGGAAAUUAUGUGAAUACAGCUUGAA